CUAGAUCGGAAUGUGGCAAUAUGGCGGCCCUCGGCUUGCCUCCUACCCUUUUACCCCUAUUUAUUAGUUUCCAUUUGUUUUCCCUGGGCCGUUUUUGACGGGCCCCGACCAAAUUUGGGCCGAGCGGCAGUCGGAGCCCCGAGGAAAUCUCACGCCCGCCCCGGCGGCAUUUUCCUCUCGACCUCUCCACCGCCGAAGUGUGUGCUGUGCGCGGGUGUUGUUAUGUUUAGUGUGUGAGCGAGGAGGACGACGACGACGACGGCCGGACCUCGGCUCGGAAUCCGUGGCGAAACUCGGAGCCACCCGUUCCCAAUUCGACCCGUUCCCUUCUUCCUUGGAGGAGAUUUCCGACUUUCCGCCCUCACCCGACUCUGGACGACAAAUCCGACGGGAAAAGUUUAUUUAUUCAGGAGAGUGGAGGAGUGUGGUAGUCGUGGUAUGUUUGACGAGUGAUCCCGCCGUAUGCUAUGGGAUAGACGUACAUCCGGGGGGGGCGGGGGCGGGGGUCGGGUAGAGGAGGAUCAUCAGAGGAGGGUUGCGGGGCCGGGGGCCGGGGGCGGUGGCCCGCCGACGGGGAUCGCCGCCCCCACGAAAGGGACCUCGGCCCCCAACACGAGAUCCUCCGGCUACCACCAGAAGGCUUUGGCCGAGAUCAGGAAUUCCCUUCUUCCUUUCGCGAACUGCGGUGAAGGGGGAUCCAGCGCCGCUUCCUCCACCAUUUCCUCCCUUUCGACCACCAGCGGCGUCUCCUCUGCCUCCGGGCUAAGCUCAACGUCAAACGGCCUCGACAAGGAGUCUUUGGCAAGGCAAGCCCAUUCUCAUCUCGUCGCUAUGGGAUAUUCCGAGGAGGCCUCAUUAAGAGCUUUAAAAGUUGCUGGGGGGAGGUUUGAGGCUGCACUGGACCUUCUGGCCAAACAACACCAAUCGGAGUCAGUCAACGGUCUCUCAAAGGUUGCCAAUCCAGGAAUGUGCAUGUUGAGUACGAAGCUUAUGCGUAAACCAAGCCUCGAGAGGGAGCUUAGUUUGCAGAGGGGAAGCCCUGCUUUGGACUCUGGAGCAGGUAGUUCCAGGUCGGACAGCCCGAGGCAGAUAAUGCCCGAUCUGAUGAUCCCACCACAGCACCAACUCAGAGGUCAACAGUAUUCUCCUGGCUUUUCUGAGCCACCUCCACCCCCACCUCCUAGAUCUGGAGGCACUCCACCCCCUCCACCACCGCCGCAUGCAUAUGCAUGCACCAACGUCCAGCAACUUCUGAAGCGUAUGUCUCCUGCACCGGUUGUCCCAUCCCAGCAGAGUGGCCAGGGAGGAAGUGCUGUCGGUGGUGGUGGUGGGACAGGCAUAAGGGGCACCAGUCCUGUUGCCAGGCAGCCUAUGGUUGUACAGAACAGUCCACAGGUGCAACAGCAGUUGAGUCAACAGAUGCAAUCCUUGUACCAAUCAUCAGGUUGCACAGGAGAACCACCUCCGCCAUAUCCACUGCCACCCCCUCCGCCAUCGUAUACAGCAUCGAUUCAAAGUAGGCAGUCCCCGACUCAACAAGAUUACAGGAAAAGCCCUUCGUCUGGAAUCUAUUCUGGUUCUCCUAGCCCUGUAACAGUUUCUGGUGGUAGUAACACUCCCACAUCGCAUGUAGCUCGACCCACCCCUCUACAAGCCUGGGGAGCUCGCCAGGCAAAAACCCAACCACCGGUGAUAAUGCAAUCAGUCAAAAGUACACAGGUGCAAAAACCCGUCCUCCAAACGGCAAUCGCCCCUCCACCCCCAAGCUAUGCAUCGUCAAUGCAGCAAAUGAAGCAGCAACAGCAGCAGCAGAAACCAUCGACCCCACCAAUUCCGACUACAGAACCCCCUAGUUAUGCCAGCACGAUGCAGGCUUUGGCGGCUCAACGAGCGGCACAGGGGCCCCCUGGAGAAGAAUGUGCAACCACUGUAGAAAGUGGUACAGCACCAAAAUCAACUCCAGCGAUUCACAACCCUCUUCAGAGGAAAUAUUCUCCAGCUGGGGGUGAACCAAUGCACAGUGAAAGUCCAGGAGGUCAACGGACUCCUCCAUUACCACCAACAGCAUCUUCUUCUGUUAAGACAGGAGGAGGUGGUGGCGGAAAUGGUGGAAACAUAGUAAAUGGAAGUGGCGGUACAAGGCCGUUCAAAAUCGACCACCAAUCGCCCAUACCUGAAAGGAAGCACAUAAGCAAAGAGAAGGAAGAGGAAAGGAGAGAUUGCAAAGUGAGGAACUACUCACCUCAGGCCUUCAAAUUUUUCAUGGAGCAACAUGUAGAGAACGUAAUUAAAAGUCACAAACAGCGAGUCUUCAGGAGGCUACAGCUUGAAACGGAAAUGGCAAAAAUUGGAUUGAGCGAAGAAGCACAGGCGCAGAUGCGAAAGAUGCUCUCGCAAAAAGAGUCAAACUACAUUAGGCUGAAGAGGGCGAAAAUGGAUCGGACUAUGUUUGUCAAAAUAAAACCAAUCGGGGUUGGAGCGUUCGGAGAAGUGACUCUAGUCAGGAAAAUCGACACGAAUCACUUGUAUGCCAUGAAAACUUUGAGGAAAGCCGAUGUCCUUAAAAGGAACCAGGUUGCUCACGUAAAAGCAGAAAGGGAUAUUUUGGCAGAAGCGGACAAUGAAUGGGUCGUUAAACUUUAUUACUCUUUCCAGGACAAAGAUAAUUUGUACUUUGUUAUGGACUACAUCCCAGGCGGUGAUCUUAUGUCACUACUAAUUAAACUGGGUAUCUUUGAAGAGCCCUUAGCUAGGUUUUAUAUAGCUGAGCUAACUUGUGCAGUUGAAAGUGUACAUAAAAUGGGCUUUAUUCAUCGUGAUAUUAAACCUGAUAAUAUAUUAAUUGAUCGAGAUGGUCAUAUAAAACUAACAGACUUUGGGCUGUGUACAGGAUUUAGAUGGACUCACAAUUCUAAAUAUUAUCAAAGGAAUGGCGAGCAUGGAAGGCAAGAUUCGAUGGAGCCGAAUGAAGAAUGGGUCGGGGCGGAGUGCAGGUGUCAUCAGUUGAAACCUCUCGAAAGGAGAAGGCGGAGAGAGCACCAAAGGUGUCAGGCGCACUCACUUGUUGGCACUCCAAAUUACAUCGCACCCGAAGUCUUACAAAAAACAGGCUAUACACAGCUGUGUGACUGGUGGAGUGUAGGAGUCAUUCUUUAUGAAAUGCUUGUUGGCUCGCCCCCAUUCUUAGCUCCGACUCCUGCUGAAACGCAAUACAAGGUCAUCCAUUGGGAAACAACACUCCAGUUCCCGAAAGUCCCGAGCGUAUCACCGGAGGGGAAAGAUUUAAUAGUUAAAUUGUGUACUUCAGCCGAUAGGAGGAUCGGUAAGAAAGCCAGCGAGGUGAAGGCCCAUCCGUUCUUCGCAUCUGUUGACUUCGGCCACGGAAUAAGAAGGACGUCGCCUCCGCACAUCCCGAGAAUAAGGCAUUCAACAGACACGUCGAAUUUCGAUCCUGUCGAUCCUGACAAACUCAUGAAAAAUUCCUACUCGACUGAUCAGUCCGGAUUGACUGAUGAGGAGCUCAGCGACAAUGGUAAACCUUUCCACGGCUUCUUUGAAUUCACGUUCAGGAGAUUCUUUGAUGAUGGAGGUGCCACCCCGUACCCUAAUAAAAUAAGCUUGGACGAAACGGAAAACCAAGGAGCUGUGUAUGUAUGACAAUGACUUUUCCCCUUCCCUGCCUUCCAUGCCUAUAACUGUUAUUUAUUUACAUCGACCCAUUAUUAAAGUCGUCUCAUCUAUGAGACAAUAAUUUGCGCAAUUGUAAUUUUUGUAUAUAUAAUUUUUUAAUUUU